AUGACGCGUAACUUCGGGGAAGAUGAAUUUCAACGCCUUUACAAAAAAGCGGAGUUUGAUAGAAAGCACAAGGAGGUGAAGAAAAUCGAGAAAAGAAUUAGAAGUUUAGUUGACGAUAUCUCUGACUAUAUAGGCCGCAAGGAUCCACUUUUCAAAAACUUUGUAAUCCCCAGCGGAAGUUUUUAUGAAGAUCUUAAAGUCGAAGGACCCGAUGAAUUCGAUUUUAUGAUUUGCUUGGAAGAGCUUUCCUGUCCUAGUGUGAGUGUUACGAAGGAUAUUCCCAUGAGACCGGUCCCCGAUCCCGGCUACGUAGAUGUUCAGAUCGCCAACGAAGUUUAUCGUAAUCGGUGGCAAAGCUACAUUUCCAAGCGAGGAAAUCUCAAACCUGGUGUCCUCUUGAGAAGAUUUAAAGAACUUAUCGAGGAAGCAAUAGCCAAGAGAAAGCGACCUUCUGGCGGUGAGAUGGCUGUACUUGUCGACAUUCAGCUCAGAAAGAUCCCGAUAACGAUAACGAUAACUUUGUGCAUCAAAAUGUCUGGAUGGCCGAACGCUUCAGAUAUAUUGACACGAGUGAAAAGGGAGCACCCUGGCUAUGAAGUGUUCAGAGAGGCUGUGGCUGGGGGAUAUCAUCUUGUGGCUUCUACAAUUGGAGAAUCUGGUAAACCUCGACCCUGCUGGCGCUUAUCAUUUUCCAUCCCAGAGGGGAUUGUACUCAAACACAUCUGCAGAAACCCUAGCCUCAUUCAUAGGAUGACGCUCAAGGUUCUCAAGGUAUUGCGGAAGGAAAAUGAGCAUUUUUUAUUUCUCGUUGAACAGCCAGCCGAUGACGCAGGAUCUUUCAACAUAACUUGGGUAUUCCAUUCGUACGUAUUAAAAACAAUGUUCUUACAUGAGUGGACUGAAUUUCCGGAAGAUUUAUAUUGGACGAAGGAUAAACUAGGAAAACGAAUCAAGGGCAUUUUAGAAAGGAUCCAGAGUAGUGUGGCUCGCAAAGACAUUCGCAGUUUCUGGGUUCCAGAUUAUAAACUUUUUAAUUUCCGAGCAAGAAAGGCAACCAACACGGAGAACUGUGUGGAUAACCUUGCCAUUCUCCUAGGUAGAUUUAAAUUUUCGUGA